AUGACGGUGGACACGACCGCCGUGCGGAGACGCGGGAGCUUCGCGGACACAGAACCGGCCAACGUGAAAUCUGGGAGCUUGAUCUUCGGCGAGGACGUGGGACCGCGAAGCCCCUGCAGGAGGGAGCGCGGUCACGCUCCCUCAUGGGACGACUUCAACCUGGAGGACGCCCUGGGCGGUGGGGGAAGCUGGGGCCCCGGGGCCCCUCCGGGUCUGCAGUGGUUUGCAUCCCCGCCCCCCCGAACCGAGGGGCCGUGCGGGGUGACGCUGUCUGCUCCCCCCCUAGGUGGCUUCUCAGAUUCUGACCUCUUCGACGGGACAGCGGAUGGAGGAGGCGGUGGCCACGGCGGCCGUGCUGGCCCCGAGGGACAUGACAACACGCAGAAUGGCGGGGCGCCCCAAGCCGACUCCCCCGGGGUGCUGUCGGGCAUCAUCGGGAGCGUGGUGGUGGCCGUGGUCGGCGCCGUGUCCAGCUUCAUCGCCUACCAGAAGAAGAAGCUGUGCUUCAAGCAGUCUGCUGACCAGAGUGAGAUGAACAUGGAGAACCACAGCAGCAAGGCCGAGCCCCCCGUUCAGCAGACGCUUCUGGAGAAGUAGGACGAGGGCAGCAGAGAGAGCCCCCGGGUCCAGAGUGGGGACCCCCCC